GCUGGUCGACUUGGGGGUUUCCACUGGAGAGCCUACAUGGCGGCGAACGACAAGCGCUACAGGGACUUCUUCGAGAAGCUGGAUGACAAGACCCUGGAGCAGCUUGACGACGCCAAGAACGCCACCAUGAGCGUCGACGACGUUGACUGGGAGGACUUGAGCACGCAUCUGCACUACAUGCUGGUGCUCGCGAUGCCCGAAGACUCGGGAGGAGAAACCAUCGUGCGCAACGUCCUGCACGCAGAAGGCGGCCAGGCGUGGAUUCGCCUGAAGGCCGACUAUGCGCCCAACGUGCCUGGCAACGUCGUGGCGCGCAUGAGGCGACCCAUGUCCACACUGUUCGCGCUGAACACGGACGCGGCGAAAGAGAUCGAGAAGCUGGACUUGGAGAUCAACAAGUAUGAGAAGGCGGCCGACGAGCAGGUGAGCGAUGACAUCAAGAAGGGGAUCCUGCUCGGCGCGCUCCAGAACGAGCCAGACCUGCAGAAGCACGUCUUCCGCAAGCUUCGGAACGUUGCCACGCACCUCGCGGUGAGCGCAGAAGUCCUGAGCGCCUUGAAGGGAGACAAGAACACAUAUACUGACAACAAUAAGAACAAGUUCGAACCAAAGGCGAAGGGCAACCCGAGUCACCCUCGGAAGUGGCGCAGUUACUGCGAGAGGCCGAACCACGCCAAGGACGACUGCCGCAAGUUCAAGAGGGAGAACGAGGCCAAGGCGGAGGCCAAGAAGAAGGCCAAGGAUGAGAAGAAGCAGCGGCGGGCCGCGGCAGCAGGACAGGCUGCCGGCGGGGGCGCACUACCUGCAGGAGUUCCUCCUCCGCCUGGGUUCGAUGGCACAGGGCAGCUUGCGCAGCCACUCACGCAGCACGCGGUGUACGCGACGAUGCCAGCAUCUUCGGGAUCGGCUUCGACGGCGAGCACGACGCCGACAAUGCCCCUCGGCGCGCGCGGGAUCAACGGCCUCAUCGCGGAACAGGACGCGCUCAAGCCGAAGUGCAUCUUCGCCCUCUCGGCCACGCACUUGGGGCCGAGGGCGGAGUCGGCCGAGCCCAGCAGGGCGAGGCGCAACGAGAGCGGUGACAGCGCUCAAGUUUCGGCAGCCCGCGGCGUCAGAGGAGUCAUGAUAGACUCAGGGGCCCAGAUCACCGCGUUCCCCUGCGACAUGCUGAAGAGCAAGGGCUACGCGCUGGCCAAAUCAAGCGUCUCCAAGCUGCAGGCCAUCGACGGCGCGAAGGCGCAGCACUACGGCAAGACGGACGUCAGACUGAGGACGGGCCAGGACGUGAUCCAGAUCUCGGCGGAGGCAGCGGACGUGGAGUUCCCCGCGAUGUCCACCGACGCGAUCACGAAGCAGGGCAAGUCGGUCAUCCACUCCCCCCUGGGCGACUGGAUUGUGGACCGUCCGCUCUCGCCCCCGACGCCGGCCAACGCGAUCACGCUGAUGAAGGAUCGGUGCACGUGCUACCUGGAGUACGAGGAGAUGCUGGACAGCUCCGCCGAGGGCAAGCGCGCGGCACGGACGGCUAGCAUCGGCGAGCAGCAGGGCGAGGGGCUGUACCUCAGCGCGGCUCGCAAGACCCUUCGCGCGCAGGUGCCAGCAUCAGAGGACCGACAGCAGCUGCCGACAGCGCUCGGACCAGACCCCAGCGAGGACGCCACCUCGAAGGCGAAGGCGCUCGCGAGACUUGGCCAGCCCGCGGAGGAGGGGGGGCGAGCUCAUGAAGCACACCAUAUUCCCUUCAGGCCGUGGCGCAGCGACUGCGUCAUGGGCCGUGGGAAGGACACGCCCCACGAGGUGAGCUCAGAGCCCAAGGGUGACGACGAGUACCCAGUCGUGGAGAUGGACUUCUUCUUCGUGGCCACCGACGAGAUCUCGAAGAAGUACCCCAUGGUGAACGGCUACGUCGUGAAGGUCAUCGACUUCAGGAAGCUGGAGACCAAGGAGCGCGGGGAGCUGCCCGCGAUCCUGAACGUCGUGGAUUGCAGGUCCAACGCCUCGGGCGCGCUCUUCGGCUCCAAGCACAUCGGCGACUACAAGUCACUCUUCGUGGCCAAGCUCAUCGACAGCUGGGGCCACACGACGGCGAUUCUGCUCACGGACGGCGAGAACACGGUCGUCGCCCUGGCUGAGCAGGUGAAGAAGCUCAGGUCGCAUUCUACGAUAGCGCGGCAAGGCCCAGCGUACUCCUCGAAGAGCACGGGGCGCGUUGGGGCCAGCAACGGAGCGGCGGCGGGACUACUCCGUACGCUGCGGUUUUCACUUGAGACCAAGCUCGGCUGCAAGCUCGAACUCUCGGAACCCAACCUCGCCUUCCUCGCCAACGCGGUCGGCUGGUGCACCGCGAGGUUCCAGCCGAGGAGCCGCGGAGGAUCGAGCUACAAGUUCCUCUUCAGCCGAGAGCACGAAGGAGAAGUGGCAGAGAUCGGCGAGCAGGUGUGGCAUCGCAUCUCGGCUCGCGUCGCGGCGGGCCAGAGCAAGUUCGAGGCGCGCUUCGCGAAGGGCAUGUGGGUCGGCAAGUCAGACCUUGGCGACCAGCACCUGGUGGUGGACCUUCAGCGCAGCCUCCUGAAGGUGCGCUCGGGUCGCCGCAUGCCCGAGGAGUUCCGCUGGAACGCCGAGCUCCUGAAGCAGAUCGACGUCACCCCAUGGGCCCCUGUGCCUGAGCGCGUGAAGUCCGCCAUCAAGAAAUUCAUGUACACCGCGGAGGCUAUGAAGAACAGGCAUGGACCGACGGACAGCUGCCCGAAGUGCGUCUACGGGCGGGGCCAGCGCAGCGAGCAGCGCCGGCAGCGCUUCGAGACCAUCGCGCAGGAGAGGCUCGAGGCGAAGCUCUUGGAGGAGACCAAGGGCGGCGUCGCGCCUGGCACCCCAGCGAUGCCAGGGCCAGCGCCCCAGGAGGCACUGGAGCCGAACGAGCGGCAGAGGGUCGGAGCACUGGCGCAGGCACCCGAGGUCGUGGUCGUCGCGGGCCUCUCGGUCUGCGAGCUGGCGGUCUGCGAGGAAGACGGCGACCGGGAGGUGGGCCCGCUCUGGGACCCGAUCCCGUCAGGCUUCGAACGGUGUGAGGGCCUCUGCGAGGCGCACGUGGGCCGCUGCGUCUUUCCGCGCGACCGUGACGGGCAGUGCGCGUGCAGGAGGUGCCUCAUCGGCUGCGCCAAGGAGCUCAUCCCCGACGCCGAGGCGGUUGCGAGCCUGUGCGCGCUGCGGUCGAACCGCGGGGCGUACGAGAACACUGGGUGGAGCGUGGGCCCGAGCGCGGCCGAGCCGACGGUGAAGGUCCACUGCGACUAUUACACUGGCGAGCCCCUCGACGAGCUGAAGUACCAGAAGGGCAAGGCAGACGAGCUCCAGGCCAUGGCUGAGCACGGCGUCUACAGCAAGAUCCGCAUCUCGGACUGCGAGCCUGGAGGCAAGCACAUCGGAGGCUUCCCCAUUGCGGACGAGAAGGCUGGGGAGGUGCGCUGGCUCUUCGUGGGGGCGGAGGUUGCCCACCAGCACCGCGAGGCGUUCUUCAACACCGACCUGCACGAGCAGAUCUACGUCCACCCAGGCAGCGAGCUGUGCGAGCGAGGCUUCUGCUGGGAGCUGCACAAGGCCUUGUGCGGGACCCGCUUGGCCAGCCAGCUGUGGGGCGAGAACGUGAAGGCUACCUCGGACGACGCUGGAGGCAAGGCGCUGAAGGGUGCCCCUGGCAUGUUCUACUUCCCUAAACUCUGCUGCGACGGCAAAGACGCCACGAUGGGGGUCCACGGCGACGACUUUAUUGCGGAGGGCCACGUCGCGACGCUCGACCAGCUGGACGACGUCCUGAGAGUGGAGUACGAGAUUACCUCAUCGCCGCCGUUGGGACCUGGACACCCCGGAGUUGCCCGAUACCUGAAGCGCGUCUGCGGCUACGUGGACAAGCUACCUGAGACGUUGCUACCAGGCUUCUUCUGGCACGCGGAUCCGGAGCACGCGGCGGGGAUCAUCAAGUUCGGAUCCAAGGAGGGCGCCAAGGUAGUCGACACACCCGGCACCAAUGCGAUAGGAGCACAGCUGCGCAACGCGACGGGCCCGAUGCCCACGGCUGAGGCUCGUAAGACAGCAUCGGCAGGAGGGCUUGCGCUCUACCUGGCGGCGGAUCGCCCUGACAUCAUGUUCUCGAGCAAGACCAUCAUGCAGGACGUGAGCAAGCCGAACUACCAGAUGAACGCGAGGCUCAUGAGGUUGGCCCGCUACCUCGAGGGCCACCAGGUCCUGGUCUGGUGCCACGAGUUGCAGGACAUGCCGAAGGUGCUGAGGGCCGAUGGAGACGCAGAUUGGGCAGCCCCUACGGCAGUGGCGCGCAAGAGCACCUCGGGAGGCACGAUCAGGUUCGGCAAUCAUACCUGGGACUGCUACUCGGCCAGCCAGGCCACCCAGGCGCUGAGCAGCGGCGAGUCGGAGUUUUACGCCCUCGGCUCAAUCGCGGCCCGAGGUCUGCAGAUGACGUUCUUCCAGAGCGAGAUCGGGAUCGAGAUCAAGCUGGUGCUGGCCUCGGACAGCGCGGCCGCUCGCGGCAUGGCCCAGCGGCACGGAGUGGGCAAGGUGCGCCACUUGGAGCUGCGCUAUCUUUGGGCGCAGGCAUGGCUUCGACUCCAGAUGUUCGAGCUCGCGAGGGAGGGCGCCCGCAAGAUGAUGGCGGAUAUACUGACGAAGUACGUGGACAAGGAUAGCAUGGCCAAGCACCUGCACGAGCUGAGCCUGAGGAUGACGGGCAUGGCCAUGCGCAGGGUGGACGACGAGGGCGAGACGCUUGGAGCGGGGCAGCUGAGAGGAUUUCCCUGGCUGCUGGUGAGCUUGAUCUUCGUGUUGUGCCUCAUUGCCUACCUCGCCGGCUGGUACGUGGGCAGGCGCAAGGCGGCCUCCCAGACGGCCGAACGGGGACCAAGAGCGGCGCCGAGAGGAGAGAGGACGCAACACGAGGACCCCGUCGAGCCCAGGCAGCGGCCGCCCGAGGCAUCGAGCCCGAUGCCGACCGCCAGGAGGCUCGAGGAGGACACGGAGUCCAGGCAGGAGCCGCCAGAGGAGCGGACCGCUUGGAGGAGCUCGGAUUACACCAACGAGCAGAAGUACACGACGCGCGAGGUUCACCGCCUGUACGAGACCUACACCGUUGGCGAGCUGCGGGGCCUGCUAGUCGAGCGGAACGCGCGGCUCAUGGCGGGCUACACCAGGAAGGAGGAGCUCGUCGAGACGGCCAGUGAGACCAGCCCGAUGGAGAUGCAGGUGGUCGCCCAGCUGACCAACGAGCUGAAGGACCACGGGAUCGGCGCGAAGUGGCAAGCUCGCAUGCUGGCGAGCGGGCGCAGGAUCAACAAGAUGGUGGCCACCACCACGGAGGUGCUGGACCGCCUGCAG